AAAUCUUGAAUUGUCUGACACCUAGCAAGAGUCCUCCGUCCUUCCCGGCACAGUAGUAAUAACUGGACCGCAGUUAUUAAAAGGAUCUUGCCUCCUUCCCGCGCCUCCUAUUUAAGACACAGAUAGCAGAGCAGACUUGUCUGCAACAUUCUACGACCCUUCGCCAUUCUGAACAUCUAUCUGUCGAGUGUACUGGAGCGUGAACGUUUUACGGGAUCGAUCUGUUUGCAGAUCCAAUGGGAAAGCCAGAGCUCCUCCGUCUGAUACUUGGAGCUUUGGCCGUGUCUUGCGUCUCCUUGGUCGUAGCGGAUGACCCGUAUAGAUUCUACACCUGGACAGUCACCUACGGCACCAUUUCUCCCCUGGGCGUCCCUCAGCAGGUAAUCCUCAUAAAUGGCCAGUUUCCUGGGCCAAGACUCGAUGUGGUCACCAAUGACAACAUAGUACUCAACUUGAUCAAUAAGCUCGACCAGCCAUUCCUCUUGACAUGGAAUGGUAUCAAGCAGAGGAAGAACUCGUGGCAGGACGGGGUACUUGGCACCAACUGCCCCAUCCCUCCCAAUGCGAACUACACCUACAUAUUCCAACCCAAGGAUCAGAUCGGGUCCUACACGUACUUCCCCUCGACUGGAAUGCACCGAGCAGCUGGAGGGUUUGGCGCAAUCAAUGUCUAUCAAAGGCCUCGGAUCCCCGUCCCAUAUCCUUUUCCUGAUGGAGAUUUCACUCUACUUAUUGGUGACUGGUUUAAGACCAACCACAAGACUUUACAACUUGCUCUCGACUCCGGAAAAUCUCUACCCUUUCCUGAUGGUGUGCUCAUUAACGGCCAGUCUAAACCCACCUUCAGCGGUGACCCAGGCAAAACUUACAGAUUCAGAGUUUCAAAUGUGGGGCUAUCGACCUCUCUGAACUUCAGGAUCCAAGGCCAUAACAUGAAGCUAGUCGAGGUUGAGGGCUCUCAUACAGUUCAGAACAUUUACGACUCUCUUGACGUUCAUGUGGGACAAUCCGUCACGGUCUUGGUGACCUUAAAUCAGCUUCCAAAAGAUUACUACAUAGUUGCCUCCACUCGGUUCACUAAGACCGUUUUAACGGCCAUAGGAGUCCUGCACUACUCGAACUCUAAGACUCCAGUAUCUGGCCCCGUCCCUGGUGGCCCGACCGUUGAAGUUGAUUGGUCCAUUAAGCAAGCAAGAACCUAUAGGUGGAAUUUGACUGCAAAUGCAGCGAGACCAAAUCCUCAGGGCUCAUUCCACUAUGGGAAGAUCACUCCAUCGAGGACGAUUAGGUUGGCCAACUCGGCCCCUCUCAUCAAUGGGAAACAACGGUAUGCCGUUAAUGGUGCAUCCUACAUUAAUGCCGACACCCCUCUCAAGCUCGCUGAUCACUUCAACAUUCCGGGAGUCUUCAGCAUGAGUUCUCUCCAAACUUCCCCUUCGGCCGGAUCCCCAUUUCUCGCAACCUCUGUCUUGCCUGCCAACCUUCAUGAGUUCCUCGAAAUUGUCUUCCAGAAUAACGAAAACACAAUCCAGUCGUGGCAUCUUGAUGGUUAUGACUUCUGGGUUGUCGGUUAUGGAAACGGGCAGUGGACCCAGGCAAGCAGGCAGAGCUAUAAUCUCGUUGACACCCUUACUCGACACACUUUUCAGGUAUACCCAAACUCUUGGACAAGUAUUUACGUGUCCCUGGACAACCAAGGAAUGUGGAACGUGAGAUCUGCUAUAUGGGAUAGGCAAUAUCUUGGACAGCAGUUCUAUCUUCGGGUCUGGAACCCCAUCCAGAGCCUUGCCAAUGAGUACAACAUUCCUUCUAAUGCCCUGUUCUGCGGUAAAGCCACCAAGGGGCACAACUGAUUUAGGAGAGUGUUUUAUUAACAGAUCAGGUUCGAUUUUUUAUAUACACGGUCAUGAAGGUAUGACCGAUAAGGAAAGAGAAGAGUUAGGAACGCAGAAGCUUUUCGGUAUCUACUAUAACUUAUUCGAGUCGGGGAAUUACACGGAAGAAUCAUUUGUUUGUUGUAUCACCAUUGCUUUGUAUCCGUUAAUGAUAUAAGACUUAAAUUCUUGGCCAA